GUCAGUUGGUCGGUUUUCUGCCUUGCCCAAAUAAGAUCCAAAGCGUGAUGACAGGAGACCGAGGAGACCAAAAAAGAAUGAUUUCCUGAGGAUCGAACGCGACACACCGCGAACAAUGAUGUUGUGUCCGUACGAAGGCCAAGCCGCGUUUCUCAACCGAAUGAGAUGCGGCCGUCACUUUGAGGGUCGUUAGCAUUUUCCUGUCAAGGGUUGUGCAUCACGCUAGUAACUGAUAUGACGAGUGAGGCGAUUUUGAUACAGCGGCUUCCCUUGGCGUUUCACUUGACAUAUAAAACACGUGUCUUUUGGAUUAAAUCACUUUCAACCAUGCUUAAGAUGAAUAUGGAAAAAUUUGUUCUUAGAGGAAUGAACCUUGUUUAGAACGUAUGAACGGCAGGUCUUGAAUCGCUGGAAUUGUCAUUGUUUACAUUAGGAAAUUAUUUCUUGAGCUACAAUAUGUUCAGUCCCGUACAAAUAAAGCAGGAAUAUCCAGGUGUGGAAGACGUCAAUCAACCUAAUACUAAUAACAUUCAAGGAAAUUUAGAAUAUCCUGCAUUUACAAAUCAAGAUGUUGAUUACAUGUAUCGACAGCUGCCACAGUUUUGGAACCAAGCCCCUUUGCAAGUUAAUCAACUUCCUAAUGAUCUUCCAUCUAAGGCUGAUAAUACUAUCCGCACUGACAUACCUCAGAUGGCUCAGUCUGUGCCACAGUUUUCGGUGGCAAGUUACCUCCAGCAACAUGGAAUGCCAUUUCAAGUAAACCAUGCUCAACCUCAACAAGAAGGGGAUCAUCAGCCCCAAAUGAGUCAAACGAAUCAGACCCAGGAGAAUCAUCAGAAUCACCUUACUCAAAUUAUGCCGCAUCAGGUCACUGUAGAUCAAACAUUAUUAGCUACUCAGUCAACUACGCCAGUGAAGCACAAUGGCCCUGGGAGGCCACCAAAGUCUUCUUCUACGUCUGGUACCUCAAAGAAACUAAAGUGUCAGUGUGAGAUCUGUUUUAAAGUGUUUGGUCAUAAGAGCAACUUGUUCAUUCACAUGAGGACGCAUAAUGGCGAAAGGCCAUACAAGUGUACGCAGUGUGAAAAAUGUUUCACACAUAGCGGCAAUUUGGCGAUUCACAUGAGAACGCACUCAGGCGAAAGACCCUAUGCUUGUCAAAUAUGUGGAAAAAUGUUUAGCCACAGUGGUAACUUGUCGACCCAUUUAAGGACUCACUCGGGAGUUAAACCAUACAAGUGCAGUGUUUGUGCCAAGGAAUUUAGGCACAGUGGUAAUUUAUCCAUACACGAAAGGAUACAUUCUGGAAUUAAGCCUUUUCAGUGUAAGGUCUGCGGUAAAGAGUUCUAUCACAGUGGCAACCUUACGACUCACAUGAAGAAACAUCCAGUUAACGUAAACGUGGAACAAUGUGAUAACGGUACGAAUGCUCAGUUAGUGAGUACCACCCGGAAUAUGAAUAAUAUUAAUUCCAUGCAGCCCAUAAAUAACUCUUUGAUAGUAUCAAAUCAGUGCAACGUCAAUACUCUCUCGAAUACAGAGGACAUACCGGUUAAGAACGAACACAAUGACGAGGUUGCUCCGGAUGAUCGCUCUUUGUUAUCUUCGACGUCAAGCUAAUAAGUAGAGACACUACUCAUAAGGAAUAAUUUGUAUUGGUUGUCUUGAUACAUUCGAAUUAGAUUGUAAAAGUUGUACCAUUAAUGUGGUACAAUGCAUGGGAACAAACCACACCGUGGAAUUAAGACAUGGCACAAUAUCGUAAGUUAUUUACGUAUCGUGGGUGAUCGUUAUCCAAGAUCUACCAUGUACUUUUCAUGGCGUACUUAUAUUUCACGUACUUAAGAAGUGUCAACUAUACUUAGAAUAACAACUAAAUAAGAAUAUCAGUGUAUAAAUGGAGGUGAUGUAUAGCUUUGUGAAACAGUAACGGAAAUUCGCUUAAUGGUAACUUGUUUUAAUUCAGUAAUAACAUGGUACUGCAGUAAUUCUUGAUGAAACAAGUAAAACGAGUAAUGUAAACGAUCAAUUAUUGGACAAACUAUUGUCUAAUAAGUAACUAUGAAAUAAAAAGUGUAAGAAACGCAUGCUCGACUCGUUGCAUAUUUCAUGAGCAUCGAUAGGAAAUAUAUCUUGCACGAAAAGUUUCAAAAUAAAAUUAAACAGCGGGAAGUUUCAUAGACGAUGUAACCUGGAUUUCUCAUCGGCGUUCCUCGGAUCGUCGUUUCUUUCUUUCACGUUACAUUUAAAAAAUUGUGCAACUUUUCUUACCAGCCGCGAUGAUAUGACAGUCGCUUAACGCGCAUCGACGUCGUCGCAUGCUUUAUUUCUGUAAUCACAGUAAAUGGUUACGUACGAUUACUUAAUGAAUUCCGAGAACACAGGUGAUCCAUUUUUCCGGGUCCCAUGUAAUAACUGCCAGGUAUUACAUCGUAUAAUGACACAUAAAAUGACUAAUCGAAUACGGGCGAUUUCAUCGUUAUAGUCAGAGUCGUUAAGGUGCAGACUUACGGAAUUGAAAUAGAGAAAAGACCCCGACGCUGCUUUUCUCUCCAUGCCUUAAGACCGAAGGAAGGAGUUCGUAACUUAAAAGUGUGGAUCACAGGGAGCACUCGUUGGCCGAGAGUAUCGCGAGAAAAACUAUUUCCCUCGACGGACAUUGUCCUUCCUUCGGUGCGUUGGCACGAAAGAUAGAAAAAUGCAACGGCAGAAGCGCAAAUGGAAAUAAAGUCACGAUAGUGCUACGUUAUCGAGGUCGGUGCGUACGCCGAAGUCAUUCCUAAACAAGGUGCACUUUUUUCUAUUUACCCGAGCGGAAAAAUCUGCACCAAGCCAAUUGUCUGCGAGGAAAAGUCAGUCCCCUUAUUGGCAUCGAUCAGUGAAAGCUGAGACGAUUUUCCCCUCGAUCGUUAGUCGAAACCGACCCACCGUCGAACAGGUGAUAAAAACCGUGAACGUAUAGAGAGGGCAUCGUAAAAUGUAACACAUCGGUGCCCAAUGUCAAUGUACUUGAAAUCUCAUAAAAAAAAAAAAUAUUUGUACCGGUGAAUCUUUAAUUUCUUCGAUUUUCCCAGAUGGAUCUGGGGGGAAAACGGGAUCUACGGGGGAAUUUCAAUGAUCGGUCGAUCCCUAGCUCGCGAUACGUUUCGAGCGACAGCAAACUUUGUAACUUUGGCAUUUACUUUCUCCCCGCGAAUCCGCAGGAAAGUGCAGAAUUACGGCACUGGACUUUCGCAUACCGUUAUACCUUGCGGUAAGGAUUUUUAGGAACACGGGAGUUCGUCCUAUCGUUUAAUAAAUCAUCGCGAUCGGCGCAUCGCGUCACCGAGGAAAGAAGCCUGAGGCGAGGUUGCGAUUUUUUGCGGAUUUUCUCAUUAAUUCCAUCCCCUCUCUCCCCGCCGGUCGAUGAAAACGAGGAGAGUGCCGGUGACGCCGAUCGAUUAGACAUAAUUACACGAGGCAGAGCGUUUCGACAGUCCCCUUAAUCUCGAGGGAAUACGGUUCCUUAAUUGCAUCGGGACGCAUUUCGACAUAUUCGGACGCGGUCGCUGCAGGGGCUGCACUCGAAAUGACGCGGAUCGCCGUCCCGUGAUUUCACGCGAUCGUUCCCGCUCGUAUGCAAAUUCCGUUCCUAUUUCCCUAUUGACUUCUGACGGCCUUGAAUAAAUUAAACUGGUUAUUAGUCAGCCAACGUACCGUACGGCGCAUCGCUCGUAGGGGAUAAGGAGGAUCCACGAGAGAUCGCAUUAUCCUACCGAUUAAAUGUAUGCGAGUAGAUGCAACGGAAAGUGCGCCGAAAGUUUUCCAGAAAGUCGAUCGGCUUCUUUUCUUUCGAGCCCCUUUUUUUAAUUCACCCCGAUUGACGCUUCUCGUGUCACGGCGAACCGGAAUAAUUAACCGUCACCGGUAUUGGCCGGUCAUUGCACGGGUUCGUAUAAAUUGUCGCGAAGAACGGUUUGUACUCCCAUUAAUUGGGGGAAAAAAAAAAGAAAUAACACUAGUCCGAGACGCGGUUUUCCUUGAGUCAUUAAUAAGUAAAUCAACGCGGGAAGGACGUUGCUCUAUUUUCCUUUCCAUGUAUUCGAUCGCUUCGAUACGUUUCCUUGUUCCCCGGUGUUUAUAUCGUUUCAGGGAGUUCCGCGUUGGCACGCGUGUAUUCUUUGUAUCUGUGUUUUUUCCUCGAUUCGAGUUGGCUUUUACGAUUUUCGAGAUCUCGAGAUAACACGGGCCCGAGAGGUGAUUCGACGCGAUUCAUUCGACGGGACGGUGGCGGCCAUUUUGGAGAACCAUUAGCGGUUCCGAAAGGAACGGCCGAAUGUCGUCACGUCGAGUGGACGUCGAUAAGACGUCAGGUGGACGAGGCUUAGUCGGUGCUAAGAGCGAAAUAUUUGUUCUGGGAUUUAGCGCGCCAAUUUCUAGGACUCGCGAAAGCAUUAAACUAUUUGGCCGCGAUUUGUUUGCCCUUUGUUUUAACGGAGGCGAAGAGUGAAUCGGCUGAAUUUCGGACUUAGAGAAGCAAGACGCGUCCGCGACGUACGCUCGAGUUAAAUAUAGCCUCCCGAUUGUUUGCCACGAAAUGAGUUUUACUACCCUUCCGGUAUGUCCGCAAGGAGGCGGCUAAAUUUGGGUGCUUGGUCAAUUUAAUCCUUAAAUGUAAUGAAUUAUCAUUACCGAUCGUAUUUAAUCAUUUCGGGAGGGCAGAGGUCCAAGGUGAAAAUUUCCACUACCGCGAGGCCAUUAUCCCGCAAUUAGGCCAUAUCUUGUCGUUCUUGGAAGUGCAUUUUUGAGAAGAAUUAGUGCCGAUGCACACGCGGGGAAUAUUUCGGUACCGACUCUCGUAUCGAUAUCACGCUACGCAUGCCGACCCGAAUGAUUGGCGAACUCGAUGGUGCGUUUCAUGUCCUGUUACGUUAAGUUUUCCGCGAUGGGAGGAGUUUAGUAAAAUGAUUCGCGAGCGGUGAGAAAGAGAAAGGAAACUCGACGAGGUCGGAGUGCAAGGACGUCCGUACUAUCGGGAAAUUGCCGUGAAAUUACGAGGAGGGAUCGUAUCGCCGAUAUAUGACGCGAAGUUAGGCGUAAAUAUCCCAUCCAGGUCAGAGGGAGGAUAUCGACCCUUCCUCAAAUAAUUGAUAACUAUUUCAGCGGGAGCCGGAGGCAGCUUCGGCGAAUUGUAAUUAGAUCCGAAAAACAAGCGAGAUUGGUGUAUGUACAUAUAUAAAAUACAUACAUGCAUAAUAACGCGAGCCUGUACUGGCAAGGAUGCCACGCGAGGAUAUCGAUAUCGCGUAAACAAAACGCGAUGUCGUAAUCUCGGGCCGAUUGCGAACCAUAAGGUUGAGUUUCGCGACAAAUACAUGCCGAGUCGCACACGUGGGUUAUUUGACAUGUCUUGAAAUCUUUUGAAAUCUCUUCGGGGGGAAUAACGACGGUCAGUUUCUAAGCUAGCACAUGUUAAUCGGCGAUCCGUGUAGCUAGAUCGAGCCUUUUUACCAUCCACCGCACGUACCCUUUCUUCUGUAUUCGAGACCAGCCUCCGAGCAUUGUUACGCGCCAUUAUCAAAGGUCUUGCACCGAGUUUCUUAGGCAUCGGCCUAGAAAUCCGGUCGUUCGCGCCUCUGCGAACGCGAUGCAUGAUCUAUGCCUACGAUCGGCGAUCUCUCGUCUCCAGGGCAUCGACACGACUCUUUAAAGAGGCUUUUCUUAUCGACUUCGAAAGCCGACCUCCCGAGUUCUUUUGAUUCACCUCGACGAGCGCACCUCUGCCCGGAUUGUUUACUCCACGCUGCGCCUGGUAUCGCAAUGCGUUCCAAGAUGAAUUUACACGUGACGUUAACUCCACGACUUUUCUUGAUAUUAAAUGCCAACGCGAUACACGAAUAACGAUAUUGAGGGCGCGACGCGUAAGCAUCGCGAUUGCCGGCGCAAACCCGGUGACGAAUCGUUAUAAUCAUCCUCGAUAUCCGCGAAAAAUACGGAGCGCGUCAGUUUAUAAGUCGAUCCUUGUCUUGGAUUGACAAAGGGUCCAAGACCCUGAGAAGAAAAAAAAAAGAUUCAUUGAACCUAAGAAAUAUUUGGUUAAUUUCAAGAUUAUUAUCCUACUGAAAUAAAUAGUCUUAAUUCCGAGUAAACGUUGCGUUCGAUUAAUUGGAAUUUAUUCGAGUGAAAUAAUUCGACAUUUUUUUUUUCUCAGGGCAAAGUCCGAGACCAUCGUAGUCUCGGCCUUGGUCUUGCCCUCGUCGUCCGCUUUAAGGGGUUCGCUCUCCAGGUAAUUCUAUCUCCGCGAAGCGUCCGAUCGGAAAGGAGUUCCUCGUUUUUCUUUUCCCCGAAAUCGGGCGGGUUCUUCGGGGCACGGCCUCUCCCGGUGGAUUCCCUUGGGCGGUGGCAGUGCCGAUGCUCCCGGUGCGUCGUAAUACCGGUCACGGAAAGAACUCGAACUGGCUUCUUCGUUAUUAAGGCUGUGCGCGCGCACGCACGAGCCGGGCUAUUUUCAGCCGACCAGUUUCGCCCCGGUAAAAAUAGUUAAUACCAUGGGAACCAGCUUCCAGGAGAGACGGGCGCCGGAGAUGCCUCGAGGUCCGGCCGGCACCCUCCGCCGGCACCGUCGGGUAUCUUCGGAAGGACUCGGCUAGCUUCGGGUCGCGCCUUCCUCACGCGCCGCGAAACUCGGGGAAUCUCGCUCUAAGGACGACCUUUGUUUCGGGGAGGUAUAUCCGGUCCGGGUUUCCUUUAAGGAUUUAAUGCCUUUCCCGGCUCGCCUCCGCUCCCCGUCCGGCGAAAUUCGUUUUCCCCUCCUGCCACGGAGAGCGGUCGGGCCCCGAGCGAGCGGGGGGCUACAUAAAUAUACGGUGAAAUACGGAGCGCGCUCGCCGGCGGGUCGAGAUAGCCGGCCAACCCUUUCGAUCGGGACCAAACGAAAGAAAAAGACGACCCGCCAACCCGGCGCGAUGGUCCUCGUACCGUGAAAGGCUCGACUCGACCGACGGUGACCCUCCGAGUCUCCGUCUUUUUCUCCCUUCCUAAUCAAUUCUCGCGCCGGCCGCGGAUGGCGCGACGUACAUUCGGUGGAAAGCCGCGCUUUCUACGGCGCGACGAAAAGACGCGGAUUCUUCGCCCGAGAGACGGAAGCCGCCGCCUCGAUUAAGGUGAGACCACUUCGGACAAAACUCCCGGAUAAAUCCGGUUGACUUUACCUCGGAGGAAAAGUCAAUCGGAACCGCGGGGGGCCCGAAUCGCUCCGUCGCCCUAGACGCGUUAACGCGCCGCGCUCCGUGAGACCCAUGAGGACGCCGCUCGGAAUUGCCUGCCAGGAAAAAGCCCGUCGAACUUUCUCCGUUUACGAACACUUUCUAUCUCGAGUCGGCGAGGCAGGGCCGACGAGUGACUCUAGACGGGGGCGGUUCCGAUCCCGCGACCGCGUCCGUGGUUUUAGGAUCCUCGUCGGACUUCGGUCGGUACGCACCUGUUGCCGGCUUACCCAGUGACCCGCAGGUGCGACCGACUACCAGGAAGGUGUCUCCAGACGUCCGGCACGAGAUGCCGGUCUCCAAAUAACGGCGCAUUCGUAUUUGGACGAACGGACCGCUACGCCCCGAGCUUUUCCGCAUUGCUAGCGAUUCCGUUUAAAUAUUCGCCCCGCAACGGUCAUGCCAAUCCGAGAUCCAAGGGGGGUUGGAAGCUGGGAACAAUUCCUCAAAACUCUGACGAAGGCAGCGAAAAAGACGAUUAUUAAAUUUCAGAGCCCGUAAAAAUUGAGGAGACGCGGGGUAGAAAUUUCUUCGUGUUUUUUUUACCGUUUAAAUCGUUUUCGGAGUCGGACGUUGACGUUCGAGACAAUUUAUGGGGUGGAUAUCGUCCCAUGACUCGAAAUCGACGCUUUAACGCGUAUUGCGCUCUUCUAUGUACUAUUCUUCGAAUAAUUUUCAAGUUUAUCGGAGGGGGUCGUUUCCCAUUAAAGGGACAAUCGUUAAACGAUCUCUCGGCGUCGAUUUUUGCGCGGCCGGUUUUUGCCGCGCGUCUGCGGCAAUUCCGGCGCCGUUUAACGGCGCUUGAUGAAACCGCGGAUUUCAUAGCCCGCCGGCGUUAUUGCUCGCACGUACCUCGAUAUUCGUUCAUUAACAUACCCGUACACGACUUUGACAUAAAUCAAAAACCUCGGACGAGUAUCCGCGCCAUUAAAUCGUCAUUACGAUUAUUCACCGAUGGAUCCACUCAAGGAAGAACAAGGUUUAGCCAUUUUUUAAUCCGACGACAGGUUGCGAUUAAAGAGAGGGGCAAUUUGUGUACCAUGAACGUCUAUCAAAUCUGUCACCGGUCGAGAGGUGCAGCUUCCAGGAAUGCGCAAACGAGUGACCCGAAACACAUUUUUUUUCCUUCGCGAGUUUAUCGGCUUUUUUUUUCUCUCUCUUCUCUUUAGAGUCCGCCAUUUUGAAUUUUCUAGUAGACCGUACCGAGGGAGCCGAUCUUUCAAUGAGAUUGCUAAAUCCUGUUCCAGGAUAAAGGCAGUAAUCGGCGAGAUGUAACCAUUGCCAUUCUCUUAAUUUUAUUACGGGUAGUUACUAUUCGUCGGGAGUAUGGCAAUCAGGUGAAUACUAAUUGCGAGGCACGAAUACGGUAGGAAAAUCGUUUCGCUGAACCGCGCGAGUUGACGAACAGCUCGGCUGCUUUAAUGGAGAGGAUCGUAAAAUCGUAUGGAAAAAAACCCAGCGCACGUGAGAUAUAUUUAACGAACUGGGCAUCGGUAAAGAAGAUCUCAAAACAGUCGCUGGCGAUUUUCCGAAAAUAAACCGCGCGAUUCCAACAAUUUCCCACCUCGGAUGGCUACCCCGCUGGAAGCGCGCAUAAAAUUCGUGCUUUUAGUGCGUAAGGUCGUGAAAUUGUAAAUUUCACGUCUUAGAAAUGAAAUGGUACGCAUUCGUUAUAUAUUUCUAAACGAAUUUAUCAUUCCAUAACGCCGCGACAUAAUUUCCAUGUGAUUUCACGCUUGCAUACGGAAUUUAUAACGGGUUUCUAUCAAUAAAAUGUUACCAGAAUUAGAAUUUUUUUUUUUAACGGCGUUGCCAAUAUCUGUUUACGGUUUUUCUUGAAGUGUGCCGAAUGGAAAGGAUCGCUCGAGCGGAAUGCAAAUUAAAACGCUUGGUCUGGAUCACGAGUAACGAACGGUUUACAGUAAAUGAAGUGGUCGUUGCGCGUGCUCCGGUUUACUAUUUAAUCCCAAGUUGCACGAUACGCUUACGCGGGUUUCACGGACGCUGAAAAGCGCGUUAAACGUCGCUGGGAGUGACUCGCGAAGGGCGUGCCAAGGAGCAAACAGGCAUUUUUCGACACACUUUCUACGAAAGCCUUGUAACCACCGCGCAAGAGUCGGCCAUUUUUGCGUCCACUUAGCGCCGGAGAAUUUUCCCGCCGACGAGCGAUCGCGACCGCUCGGCGAAAUUUCUCGCUCUCGAUAUGCAUUUUAGCCGGCAUUUGUUUGUUAUAUCCGCCCAGAAUCGGCGUAUUUUCGCAGAUAUUGCAAGUUUCGGGGCGCCCUUGCGAAACGCCGCGUCACCGUCGCGCGGCGGGGAGAUCGGCGGGACUCGAGGACCUCGCGCUGGCGAUCGUCGAUUUUCGCGGAAAAAUUCAAAGAUUAAGGAGAAUUUUUUUUUCGCACAGUCGCCGAGCAGGGAGAGAGAGGUAGAGGCACGGAGAGAAACCCAAGCGACCGCUGGCAUUGGCGAGACGGGAAUAAAGAAAAAGGGCGAGACGAAAAGGAAGACGAAAAGCGCGGACCAGUCCGGUGGUGGAAUCGAGCGAGGGCCGAGAUGGGAUUCUCGACCUAGACGACUACGGUUACGCCUCUACCGUAAGGUCCAUUCUCGCUGCCCCGUCGACGUACCUUACGAGAACCAGUGCGUCUGAUUUCCCUACGAGAUCCGACCCGACGAAAAGACCUCCGAAAUGGCAAUUCCCCGUUUCGACGGGACUUCUUGAGGUACUUUUCGAGUCGACAUCGUUGAAUCGUUUUAGCCGUGGA